AGUGCUGGAGUUGGCCGAACGGGAACUUUCAUCGGUAUUGACGCCAUGUUGGAGAGCGCGAAGAAACAGAACAGCUUGUUCAUUUAUAAUUACGUGCAAGUUAUGAGAAGACAACGCCCCCAUAUGGUUCAAAAGGACGUAAGUAAAUGUUUUUUUGUUUUAGCUUAAUUUGCAAGUUCGUCUGCGAGCCAGCGCCGAAAUCCUUUCUCAGGGCCCCCAGCUGUGUACCAGGGUGGUUGGCCUGUUAAAAUAGACGUUAUUACAUUAGCCAGUCAGGAUAAAGGGAAAUUCAAAAGGCACUUGCGGUAAUUCGUUAACUGCGUCCGUCCGGGGCCAUAAAACGGAUUUCGGCGCUUAUUCGAGGAGGUAACUUGCUGGAGUUAGAUUAUUUUGCGACGCAGGCUUAUUUGUAAUUGAGUGAUUUAUUAUUAUUAUUAUUAUUAUUAUUAUUAUUAUUAUUAUUAUUAUUAUUAUUAUUAUUAUUAAAAUUAUUAUUAUUAUUUUAAUCAAUAUUUGUCCAGGGGCAUCCAAUUUAGCAGAGCUAGUUUAAAUGGAGCCCUGACACAACACAAAAACAAAGACAUUAAAACUAGACAAUUAAUUAACUUACAAAGGCAACUUGUAGCUUGAUUGUAAAUUCACUGAGGGUCUCUACCUGUCUUAUGAUUCUUGGUAGGGUGCUGUAGGUCCGAGCACCAUUUAUUCUGAAGCUACCUUGGUAUUUAGUAGUUUUUAAUUUUAAUUCGGACCUGUCAGUGCAGCUGCUUAUUUAUUUGGCCUAUCAAUUCUCUAAUUCUUCCCCUUAAACACUGGACAAAAUGCAGUGAAACUUGACCCUUAUUUAAGAACAUCAUCUCCCUUUCCAUUGGUUUUGUUAAAAGACCUGUAUUAAAGGGAACGCGCCCUCUAGGUAAUCACCCCAAAGGAUUCAUUGAUGGCCCAUUUGCCCACAGAUAAACAAAAGGGUAGGCGUGGGGAUUCAAUUGUCACUUACCCAGGUUUUCAAAGCGCCUUUCGACUAUAACACGUUCUUCAGUUGCCGUUGUAACAAGUUCUGAGUUUACUGGGGUCAUCAGCGGCGCCCGUAUCCCCUUAAUAUGGCCUUCAUAACUCGACAUGAGCAUUUUGUAUAUGGCUAAGUAAUAAACAAUGGCACUAAGUGAUGAUGACUUCAAUCUAGAAUUGACCUAAAUCAGCAAUAUCCUUGUGACAUAUCUACAAGUGGGUUUUCUCUUUCCCUCACCCCUCAAAUGAGGAAAUGGAUUUGCAUGUCAGGGAGUAAGGGAGCAAAAAAUGCUAUUGGACUAUUAGCGAAGAAAUCCUGUCAUAAUGAUACAAUAAACGAAGAUUCGAUUUACAGGAUAGAUGAAUAACUUAUUAAACACAAUUUUUCGAUUUCAUCCUUGCGAGAGAGGAGAACAUGUUCAAAAGAAGAGUUAGGGAGGCCAUCGACAUAUUUUGUCAGGCUCCAAUAUUGAACAGAGAAGCAGGUUACGAGCUCCCCGCGAUUUAUCGGGACGUUUUGCCAGAUGAUUCACAGUAUAAAUCACGUGAAAAAAUGUCCAAAUCCAUCACUUGAUAAAGUUUGCGCGAUGGAAUCGAAAGUUUGUGUUUCAUAAGUUAUUCAUCUAUCCAGUAAAUUGAAUCUUCUUUUAUGUCAUUGUUGGAUUAAUUUAUCUCCGGGCUAACUUGCUAAGUAUGUUACGUAAUCUACGAGAUGCCGCCCAACACUACAAUAUCACUUGUACGUUUAAUAAAUCCACUUUAUUCUCUUUCAGGAGCAAUAUGUGUUUUUACACCAAUCUGUGAUGGUAGCUCUGGUCUGUGGGAAUACUGAGGUUUCCUCUCAAGACUUACAGAUAAGAAUGAACAAACUCGCCAGAGUUAAUAAAACUUCUAAGCAAACAGGAUACGCUGAAGAACUAAAGGUAUCAGUACCUUAA